CGUAAACAAACAACUUUAUUUUGUUUUAUUCUACGAAUUUAAGAAUAUCUGAUUGUUUUUACUAUUCUGUUUGUAAUUUUGAGCUUUUCCAAAUUAAACGCUAUUUUUAUUAAUAAAAAACUAUAAAUGUAUUCCUUCCUAGCUGCGUAAAAAAUUAAUAAGGCGAAUUAAUUAAGGUGUUAGCAAAAAAAAAACAGCUAAGAAUUUAAGUCAGUGAACAGUGAACUCCUUUGAGCGCCAACAUUAAAGUGUUAUUUGAAUUUUAAGUUUUUGAAGAAAUGCUACGUAAUAGUCAAAUACCCAUGAAAACAUGCAGUUUAUGUCGGAAAUCUUCUGAAGCUGAGGGCAUAGCCCUGGUUUAUUUUGGGGAUUGGAUGCAAAAGAAAGAAGUUCUUGUACACUAUUACUGCUUGUUAUUAUCCACCCAUUUACCACAAAGAGGAGAAGAUCACAGUGGAAUUUUGGGUUUCCUUCUACGGGAUAUACGCCAAGAAAUUUCCCUGGCCAAGAAUCGUAAAUGCAAAUAUUGUUUUGAGUUUAGUGCGAACAUACAAUGUUGUAAGUGUAAAGAAUAUUUUCAUAUAACUUGCGGUCAUACCAGCAAAUGCCUUUUUGAAUUUGUGGCAGAAUUUAAAUCCUACUGUCACACUUGUCUACCAAAUGAUAAAUUUCAAAUGGAACUUUUUGCCCGCCGACCACCCCAACCCACUGAAAUGUGUCUUAUUUGUGCUCAGGCAAUGGGUGUUAAUCUCAGAGGCUGCAUUUAUGCGAAAUGCUGUGGCAAUGGUUAUGCCCAUUCAAAAUGUAUGAAAAUAUAUGCCCUAUCUGCUGGUUAUUAUUUAACAUGUAUUUGGUGUAAAGAUAAACGUUUUCGUGAGGAUGUUAAGUAUCAGGGUGUAUUUGUACCGGAUCGUGAGGCAAAUUGGGAAAAGGAAAAGGGAGCUUAUGUUGAAUUGUAUAGAAGUCAUAAACGUUGUGAUAUGGAGGUGUGUAAUUGUCCUAAAGGAAGAGAUUAUAUCAAUGCUAAAAAAUGGCAACUUAUUAUUUGUAAAUUUUGUGGUGCUUUUGGAGCCCAUAAUCCAGCAUGUAUACCCGGUUUUGAGGACUGCAAAGAAAAGAUAAAAGAAUUCAAAUGUGAUGUUUGUUCUCUAACAGAACAAACGGUUCAUCAUAAAACUAUCAGUGGCGUAGCUGUACAUGAUUUAUUAGACACCUCGCUGUAUGUUACCAAAGAGAGUACGAAUGCAGAAGCGGGAUCAGUAAUAACUACAGUACUUAGUCAAUCAUUAAGCACAAAUAAUACCUCCAAUGACAGCACUGCAUCACAGGACACGAUUAUUGAUGUUAAUCUACUAAAGCGUAACAACUGUGUUAUAAACAAUAAUAAAUGUGCUAACGAUGGGGAGAAUAUACAAAUUGCUGCUAGUAUUUAUACCCUAACACAAAGUCCACAGGUUAGCCAAAAUCUCGGAGUGCCGGAAAAGGCAGCUGUAGAUUUGUUACCAGAAGAAACAGCAGCAGAUAGUGAUGAUAGUGCUAUAGCUGAUUUGUUAGUAGAACAGUUUUUAGAGAUAUUUGAAACAAAGGAUUAAAUUUUUAUUUGUUGAACAAAAAAAAAUGUAUUCUUUAAUUAUCUAUUACUACGACAUAAACCAAACGUAACAAUAGAAAUAGAAUAGUCUAUGUCUGGUAUAGUAUAUUUUUUAGACUAUAGAAUAUCCAUUUCUAUAGUUCAAUUUAAAAUUAUUAAAAACCAUUUCUAUAAUUACAAUA